CGGAGAUGAAGCUCGCUGGUCGGAAUAUCCAUACGCUUACGUAAUGUUACAAGAACGCUCGGAAACACGAGACGCACAACAUGAUUAUACCAAGUGAUGACGGAACACUGACGCAGGGGAAGCGCACAUUAUACACAGCCCCUCCCCCAACACCUCCCCUUCCACGUCUCCCCCUCUACUUGCUUCUUCCUCCAAGACUCACGGGUCCUGCAACGUUUUCUCCUCUUCCUCCCACCCGUCAGUCUUCAGUCCUCACCCGCCUCAGGUGCAGAGCGGGAGGAAAAGUGCACUACUAAAACAAAAAUGUAGAUAAAUCAAAUUCUGGAUAUUUGUUCACUUAAGUGCCUUAUAAACAGCAAGAAAGUAAAGAGUUGUUAGAGGAGAAACAUGGACUUCCAGCUAGUGCAAAACUAUAUGAUGGGGUGCAAUAGAUAAGACACCCCAAGGAAUCAUGAAAGUGUUACCUGAAACAGCACAGCAAACUUACCCAUAGCUCGAAGGGAACUUGCUGUUCCUCAUACAGCAAAAUGUUACCGAGAGACUUCAGAGCUCUGUCUUGAAGAGGUCAGGAUGGAGUAUACUCGAUACAUAGUGCAAGUGUUUGUUGGGGCCUUGUCACCUCACUUUGAAGCUCUCUCAAUAGAGGUCAGCAAGCAGACCUCAGCUCAAGAAAUUGUUUUUUGUAUAGUGGAGAGACUAGGGCUUCCCAACCCACAGCACUAUGAGUUGGCUGAAGUUAUUGGCAAUGCACGGGGCCAGGAUUGCAAAGAGAGGAGGCUGGGUCCCAUGGAGAACCCUGUGGCCUUGCAGAUGCUAUGGCCCCAAGCAUCCAUUACUGAAAAGACAGAGGAGACUGACUUACAUGAAUACAGAUUUUGCCUGAGAGAAAAGAGCUCCUCUGAUUCUUUGUGGGCAGAUCCUAAUCAGCUGGAUUCACAGUUGAUUAAAGACUAUUUUUACAAAUUUUUAUAUCAACCUAAAGACAAAGAUUAUCCUGAUCUGUGUCAGCUUCCAAACCUCACUGAGCAGACCUUGCUGGAGAACCUCCGAGCCAGAUUUCAAAGAGGAUACAUUUAUACCUACGUGGGAUCCAUCCUCAUAUCUGUUAAUCCUUUCAAAUAUUAUCCAAUUUAUAAUCCUAAGUAUGUCAAGUUGUACCAGAAUCACAGACUGGGUGAACUUCCACCACACAUAUUUGCCAUAGCUGAUGCAGCAUAUCACUCAAUGCUGAAACAAAAAUGUAACCAGUGUAUAGUGAUAAGUGGAGAGAGUGGUAGUGGUAAAACAGAAGCCACACUCUUCCUGCUGCAUCAUUUGACCAUGUUGAGCCAGAAGGGGUCUCAUGGCAGUGGGGUAGAGCAGACCAUCCUCAGCUCAGGGCCAGUCUUAGAGGCUUUUGGAAAUGCUAAAACAGCCCACAACAACAACUCAAGCAGAUUUGGAAAAUUUAUCCAAGUCAGCUACAAGGAAAAUGGUCUUGUGCAAGGGGCAUGUGUUCAAAAGUACCUGCUGGAGAAGUCAAGAAUAUGUUCUCAAGCACACAAUGAGAGAAGCUACCAUGUGUUCUACUACUUACUGGCUGGAUCUUCUCCACAGUUGCGCCAGGCUCUGCAUCUUCUCAAGCCUUCAGAUUACCGCUACCUCAACCAAAGUAAAUGCUACACCAUUGAUGGUUUUGAUGAACAAUUUGAAUUUGUAAGACUGAAGCAAUCUAUGGAGAUGGUUGGAUUUACUUCAGACAAACAACAUCGACUUUUUGCUAUUCUCUCUGCUGUUCUCCUCUUGGGUAACAUCGAAUUUCAGCCAAAGAAGUCUACUUACCAUCAUGAUGAGUCUGUUUUGGUUCAAAACCCUGAGCUGGUGGUCACAAUAUCUGGUCUGUUGGGAGUGUCUGAGGAAACGCUCAUGAACGCCCUAACUUCCAAGAAAGCACGUGUUCAGGGGGAGAUUCUAGUCAUGCACUAUCGUUUGCCUGAGGCUAUUGCAGCACGAGAUGCUCUGGCAAAGUGUUUGUAUGGGGCACUUUUUGACUGGAUUGUCCUUCAGGUGAACUAUUCCUUAAUAUCUCUGAAAGAAUCUGCAAAUGAACACAAUGGAAACUCAAUUGGUGUUUUAGAUAUAUUUGGCUUUGAAGAUUUUGGCUUCUGUAAUAGGUUUGAACAGUUUUGCAUUAACUUUGCUAAUGAGCAUCUACAACACUACUUCAAUCAGCAUGUGUUUGAGUAUGAACAGGAAGAGUACCAAAGAGAAGGGAUAUCAUGGACAAAUAUUGAGUUUCAAGACAAUGUUCAGUGUCUGGCUCUAAUUGAAGGAAAGCCAGCCGGAUUGUUAUGUAUCUUGGAUGACCAGUGCAGUUUCCCAGCAGCUACCAAUGAAACCUUUCUACAGAAGAUCAACACUGUUCACAAAGAUAACAUGUACUAUGAAGUGCCUUACAAGAAAGAACUUGCUUUUAUUAUCAAACACUAUGCUGGGAAAGUAAAAUAUCAGAUAAGUGACUUCAGGGAAAAGAACUUGGACCUGAUGCGCCCAGAGUUAAUCUGUGUGUUGAAGAACAGUCGCUUCAGCAUUGUACGAGAGGUAGCUGGUGCUGAUCCGGUGGCUGUGUUUCGGUGGUCUAUCCUGAGAGCAUUCUUUCGUGCUGUUAGUGCCUUCCAUGCUGCAGCACAUAAGUAUGCUAAUAAGAAAGGGCAUGGAGAUCAAAGAAAAGUACCAAAACAGAAAAUAAGUAUUGAUAACUCCAGAAUUUUAGCAGCAAUUGAGAACACACAGAUGCGUCUCAGAAAGACUCGUCACAAUCGCUCACGGGCGCGGCUGCAUGGUCCUCGCCAUCAAAAGAACCUCAAGACUGUCAAGGCUCUUGUUCAGAAGACUCAGUCACUCACAUCACAGGGGCGGCUGCCAGGAUCUCGUAAACCCCCACACACAGUGACAGGCCAGUUCCAGCUUUCACUGCAGACACUUAUGGAAGCCCUGAACACUGCCAAUCCCUUCUUUAUUAGGUGCAUCAAAAGCAAUGCAAACAAGGCACCAAACAUGUUUGAUGAUGAGAUGGUGAUGCGACAGUUGAGGUACACUGGCAUGUUGGAAACUGUACGCAUCAGACAGGCUGGUUUCAAUGUGCGACUCUCUUAUGAAGAAUUCAUCCACCACUACAGGAUACUUCUACCCAAGGCCUUGUUAAGCUCGCAAGCAGAUGUUAGGGUCUUUCUGGAAGAGAUGAACUUAGUGGAGAGUGAAUACCAAAUGGGAAAGAGCAAGAUCUUUAUGAGAGAAUCUCAGAAGCAGAAACUUGACACACAGCUCCAUCAGACAAUCCUUUCUCGUAUCAUUGUCAUCCAGAGAUGGUACAGAACAAUUCAUCAGCGCAGACAUUUCUUGAACUUCAGAGCCAUGGUUGUCAAGAUUCAGUGUCAAGUUCGGUGUUGGCUUGCACAGCAGAAACUGAACAAGCUACGCAUAAGACAUAAUGCUGCAACCUUCAUUCAGAAAAUGUGGAGAGGUCAUUGUGUGAGAAAGUGGUAUCAGAACUUCCAUCGAGCACUUGUAGCCUUCCAGGCUUGUGCCAGGGGUAAGCUCUUCCGCCAGAAGUUCCUGGUGAUGCAAGAGGAAUGGAAGCAGAAGAAGAAAGAUGAAAGAAAGAGUCCAGUUGUAGAGGAUAUACCUGCCACACCCAUCAGUACAGUAGUAGUACCAAAUACUGGCAUCAUUACUGAAAUAAGUGAGCCAGCUCAGCCUCCACCCAGGAGAAAAUCCAUCCAUCAGAAUGCACAAAACUACAAGCUUCAACGAAGACAGAGUGAACAGUUACUCAGUGAGAGAUCUCCAGAGCCUGUCACUCAACAUUUUGAAAGACGGCUUAGUGAGGCCAGCCUUCUUCAACAACGAUCAUCUCAGCAGAUAACUAAUAAACCAGAUGAAGAGGUACAUCCUGCUUUAUCAAGCAAUAUGACCACUGAAGGGGAAAAGCUAACACACAAGCCCAAGUCAUUCAGACAUCGGCCAUACAUCAAGGUUCCAUUAGCCAGCCAAGAAGAAAUCACUUCAGGUUCAGCUGAAAAUUUGAGUUCAGGACAAACAGAGAGACGAUCAAGCUCAGGUGGUAAAGAGGACAUUACCAAACAGCAGCACCUCCAACCUCCACAAAAUGAUCUUCAGAGCAAACAUAAAAUUUCAAGACAGUUAAAAAAGCCAUUCAGAAAGAUCAUCAUGGGUAAACGAGAAGGAAGCUUGAGUGAGAGUGAAGAUAUGGUAUUUGAGUCUCAGCCUCAAACACCUACAAGUCCAAAAGACAACCUUCAAAGCCUCUCUACAGCCACUGGAACAGAGACCUCAUCCAUCAGUGUUGUAAGGGAGAAAAACACUGGUGACUCAAGCUCAAGCCCUCAUCAAAGAUCUUCAUCAAGAGAAUCAUCUACUCUGGAGGAUCAACCCAGAGCUAAGGAACCUCUGAAACCUUCUUCCAGUCUUCCAGAUGUUGUUCAAGGAUUUUCAAGUUUGGAACAAGGAAGUGUGAACUCCAUGUCUCAGUCUUCAAUUGGUGAUGACACACUUGCCCUCAAGCAUAUACUGGCUAAUUCCCCACAUUCACUGAAGCAAUCCACUCUCCUGAAGAAGGAACUUUGUACUGCCUGUGACAAAACAUUCUCAGGAUUUUUCAUCAAUUCUGGUUACAAGUGCCUCAAUUGUAAAAAAGUCUUCCAUUUACAUUGUGUAAAAGCUGCUCUUAUUGGUCCAUGCCAAGAUGUUCCAAGUGUUGGAAAAGAGAAUGCUAGUCCACAGAGCAAGAAGCCUCGACGUAUGGACCAAGAGGAAAACUGGAAUUUAACCAGAACUUCAGAGUUCAUUGACAAGUCUGAUGAAGUCAUUAAAGAUGCUUAUGAGUUAAGACGCUUGGAUGAAUAUAUAAGAAGAAAGUUGUAUGACCUGGAAGAAAAGGAGAGUUAUAAAACAGAAACCCGCACACAAAGCCUGGAUCGUACUUUUGCCAGAGAUACAGUGUCCAAAGAACCUGAAUCAAACCUUCGAUUAAGGGAUCGGAAAGACUCUCAAGUUGACCAGAUGUUUUGUCUUUCCUUACGGGAAUUCAAGAAUAAUUUAGUCUCUACCUAUUCUGUGGCAUUUCAGAAAGAUUCACCUGAUCUCAGUCUGAGGUAUAAGGACCUUAUUAAAAGCUUUGAACAGGUAAUGAACACCGUUUGUAAAGAAAAAAUGGGGAAUGAUACAUUCCCCGUCACAAUGGGAGUUAAUGCCUUCCGAGGAUUUUUGGAUGAGUUCAUCAGGGAAAAGAAGAAACCUGUUGAAGAAAAAUCAAGACGAAAAAGACACAGGCGUAAAAAGAAAAAGGUUGAGGAAGUAGUUCAUGGGAACCAUGUAUUCACUCAGAGCACAGUCAACAUUCCUACUCAGUGUGAAUUAUGCAAUUCCUUUAUAUGGCUCUCUAUGAAAGUCCUCACUUGUCAGAAAUGUAAAGUUACUUGUCACUUGAAAUGUUACAAGAAGACAGAUCCCAAGUGUUGCCAAGAUGGAUCGAAACCUGUUGUUGUGGGGACUGGAACAGCCCCUGCCAGGAGUCGAGUGUUUGGUGUACCGUUAGAAGCACUGGUUCGCCCUGGAGAAAAAAUUCCAUCAGUAGUAGACCGCCUCAUUACCAGCAUUGAACUCUAUGGGCUCUACACUGAAGGGUUGUAUCGCAAGUCAGGAGCCCAGACCAAGGUGCGAGCAGUUAAGGCACACAUGGAGAGAGAUCCUGACAAUAUUGACUUCACCAACACACCUGUUCACGUCCUAGCUACUAUCCUUAAGUUCUUUUUGCGCGAGUUACCUGAGCCACUCCUAACUUUUGAAUGCUAUGAUGCCCUCCUACAUGCUACUGAGCUGCAAGAUGAGGAAGAUCAGCUACAGACAAUCUUCAGUAUCAUUAAGGGCAUCCCAAAGCUCAACUUUGAUCUACUAGAGAGGCUGGUUUUCCACAUGGUUCGAGUAGCCCAGCAUGAAGAACACAACCGUAUGAGUGCCAAUGCCUUAGCCAUUGUGUUUGCGCCAUGCAUACUUCGCAGCCAAAGGUCACAGACUGUCCAGGAUUCUCUCAACGAUAUUGUCAAACAGACAUCGGUUAUGGAAGUAAUAGUAGUGCAGCAACUGAGACGGGUGCAAAUGACUCUUCAAGAUAUAGACUCUGUGGAUAGUGAAACUGUUACUGCUGGGGAACGCCUGGAUUGCAUUCGUUCAUCAAAGCCAAUAAUGUAUGAAAGAUGUGUCUCCCAGACUGAGGGGGCAACAGCCUCUAUUCUGUCACAUGAUUCAUCAGUUGUUGGCAUACAGAGUGCAUUUGUGGAUCCAAGUGAAGAAGAUUUGCAGGAAAGACUGGAGCAUCUUCGUGACACUAGAAUUCGCUUGGAACUCCAGCUACCAACCCUGGCGCGUGUGAGCUCAGAGGAAGAUCUUUUGUCAACUGACAUGUCCCUUGCUGGAUCUAUGGAAGAUAUAUCUGGAAUGUCUGUUCCUUCAACACCCUCAGUUCAAGGGUGUGAAGACUCAGAUACACUUUUAUUGUCAGAUGUGACAGGCAAACAGAAGGGAGGAGCAGCAUCUUGGAAACCAGAAAAGAGUGGUGAGGAUGGAAGCGUUACUUCAAGAAUCCACCAGGAUUACAGUGAUGAUGCAGUAAUGGUUUAGCAUCACUUUUCCAACACCCAGCUUUGACGCAGGUACACAACUGAUUUACCAGUUCCCUUGGUGCCAGAGUCUUGUUAUGCUAACCAUACCAGUUAUGGUCACAUAAUAAUGAUUAAUGAACAGACUUCUGAAGCGCUACUAAUCAACUCAGUCAAAUUGUAGAGUGUAAGUCUUCCAGCUGCAUCUGCUUUAUUUUGAUCAUUGUGUUUAUUGGAGAAAUGAAAUGUGUGAGUAUGUAUGAUGAUGUUUGACAGCAGUUUCUUGUCACUUUUAUUGACUUGGCUACAUUUUUUACCUAAAAAGCUGACAAAAUAAAAUUUGUCACACAGAGUUUGUACCAAGAAACUACAGUCCAGUUCUUCACUGUAUUUAAAUUUCUGAGAAUAUGGAGUAUGGUUUGAUACUACUGCUGCUACUACCAUCUCUUCUAGAAACCAUAAUUAGGAUCAAAUGUGAAAAAUAAGCAGAUAAUUUUACACUACUAAGGAAUCAACAACCAAGUUGUGCUGCAUAUACAAGUGAGAAACUGCUGCACACAACAUCCAAGGACAUCAGGAGGACCAAUAUGGCAAUCAUAGUGAUUUGAACCUCUGACUUGUAAUUUUGUAUAGAUUGAAGGAGGUUGGAUUAUCAAUUGCCAGUGAAUUGGUGGUGUACAUGUACUGCUAGACAUCUGUGUGAUUGUCUUCCCAAAUCUCAAAAUCUUAAACUGUUUCAAUUGCAAUUUUUUGUACCAAGUUUUUGGUAUACUGACCUUGAAACUGUGUUCAUUAACUAUUUGUUAAUCAGUCUCCUGAUAUAAUAUUAAAUUUUUACCAAGUCUUAGAAGACAUUGAUGUUCCAACAGUUGCAGAUUAGGCAUAUAUUUGUAGACAAUCCAGAACUGCGAACAAGAUAUUGCUGUUCUUUUCUUACUCAACAGAUUCAGAUACAGAUAAUUUAUUAAUAUAAGGUGAGUCACAAUAUCAGUGUGAUUUGUAAUAAUAGGAACUGCUCAUUACUUGUCUUCAAAGAUUAUUUUUUCAUUUGUGAUCUUACUGUGGAACAGACUGUAAGUAUUUUAAGAUUUGUACAAUGUUUUUAAUAAUUAUACUUAUAUGUAUAUAUAAGCAUUAUGAAAGUUAACUACCCUGCUGCAGUAAAGGGGUCAUGUUACUGAGAAGUGUGUGGAAUUGUAUUCAGACUUGUGACCGGUCCACUUGUGAUUGCAACACUGUUCACUCAAGAAAUGAUGAGCAACCAUUUAUUGUUUUUUACAUUUGGUUUAAUUAGUAAAAUUGCUUGUUAGUAUUAUAAGUACUGUUGUUUGUUUUUAUCAGGAUUUUUUGUUAAAUUUGUUUAUUUUUAUGAAAGCUAAUGCCAUUUCUUGCCAUUUUCAUUUUCAUUGAACAUUAUUUUAAUUCUGUAAUGAAUAUAAUAACCAUUCUCUUGCAUGAGUGUUCAACUUUGUACUCCUAGUCAUCAUGCAUAGAUGCGUUUAAUCAGAGCCAGAUAUGAAGUCAUGUUCAUUCAUAAUUUAAAGGUAAGUGUCAAUUUCCAAAUUUAAUUUUGCACUCAUAUGCAAAGCCAAAAUAUGUAAUACAGUGAGGGCUCCACAUAUCUGUCUCCAUGGUGAUUCUGGUAUGUUAGAAAUUUGAUCUAUCAAUUUGAUACAUAAUUUAUAUAUGUAAACUUAGAAGCAAAAAAUAUUUCUUCUUGAAAGAAAAAAAUCCUUUUCAUGGCUGUGUUCUUUUCUCUUUACACUAGGCAAUAUUCUAUUUGCUAUAAUAAUUAGUGAACAUCUCAAACCUCUCCAUAACUGUUAAUGGUAUCUCAUAAAAAAAAUUUCUUGGGGGUUUUGAAGAUGCCCUGUUGUUCAGAAGUACAUAAAUUUUUCCAUAUUACAUGUUGCUGCUGGUUGAGGUUAAAUGUAAUUUGAUGUUUUUGAGAAAUGGCUGAGAUGAAUAUGUUCUAUAUAUAGUCAUGGGAAAGUGAUUUGUCUGAUAUGCUAUCCUUGUAUACACCCAGGUUGUCUAGCUACACUUGCUAACCUAGGAAUAUAAGGUAUAGAGUACAAGUAAUAGUAUUAAUUAAUUCAAGUUUAAAAAGUUAAUGCAUUCCCUUGAACCCAGAAUUGCCUCUUAAAAAGUUAGGGAUGCAAAAAGAUCGUGCAACAUGAAGCACAGGAGAUUCACAUAUUAGAUUGGCAUUUCAUAAUUAACAUAGUUCAAACUAUAUUUAGCAGUAUGUAAUGCUGCUUUUAUAUGUCACUUGAUUGUCCUAGGUUAGGGAUUCUCAACCUUUUUCUCAUUAAGAGCCCCUGAGUUAUAAGACCAUCUAUCCGAACCCCUAGUAAUCUGACAUUGAACAGUUUGUUGAUUUAGUGACUGACACUCAGUAUGCAAUAGUACUGCAAAGGAUAUUAUUAGAUUAGCCAUCUUAGUACCCUUGGAAAUUUCCUUAUGAACUCUUGGGGGAUUGCAAAUCCUAGGUUGAGAACCUCUGUCCUAGGUCAUGGACUCAUUCCACAAUACGUAUACUGAAUGUUUUGGCUAAUUCCUUACCUAUCUUUUAGGGAACUUGCAGCUUGUCUUUUUUUUUUUUUUUUUUUUUUUUUUUUUUUUUGUUGCCCUUGGCAAGUUUCCCUUGCAUGAAAAAAAAGGAAAAAAGUAUUUCUUCACUUCCCUGUUUAGUCUAUGAGGAAAGAGAUUCAAAACAGUGAAAGUCUGUCCUGUGAAAUAUGAGUGUCUGUUAAUAUGGUAUGCAGAUCCCUCUUGUGGCAGGUUAAUUUAAGUGAAUAGUAUUGUAUACCUAUGUAGGCUUCUGAAAUAUUUUUUCACCUCAACAGAAAUACAACUCUCUAAAAUACUAGGUGUACAAGGCAAACUUACAGCUUGGUGAUGGACAUAGUUUGUAAUUUCAACCUCAUUCUGCUGGCCACUGAUUGAUGACCAAUGUAUGUUAUCUUUGAUAUUUAGCUGCAUUGUAUAUUACCAAGAAAAGCACAGUAUACUGCUGGCAGUAUAUGCACAACUGAUUCCAACUUUUCAGUCAGUAGUUUUGAUUUUCUGGUUUCAGCUUAUAAGCUGAAAUAGAUGAUAGCAGCUUUGGCUCAGCAGUAGACAUUUUAUUGAAAAGACACAAGGAAAAAUUUCCAUCACAAAUUUAAAUUCCACUAGAGAGAAAUAACAGACUGUGAGAAGGCAUUUGAUUAUCUCUGGCCACAUUGAAAUAAAACAAUUAUAGUGAAUGGAUUAACAGACUUACAUGCCUUCCUUGCAUCAGUUUGAGAGAGAGAGAGAGAGAGAGAGAGAGAGAGAGAGAUUAGAUUGUGUAGAAAUCUGCUUUGGGAAUUUUCUUACAAGUUUCAUGGUAUCUAUUAACUUUUUACCAUUUUGCUGACUUUAUUUAUUAACUUAAUUGUUUAUUUGGUAGUGGUAGUAACUAGCUUGAAAAUACCAGAUAGCAAAAUUUACCAGUUAUGAUGUGAGUUCUCUGCAUUACAGCGUUUGGCCACAAAUGGAAAAAAAAUGGCAGUUAAUAUGAAAAAGCUUGCAUAACACACAAUAACUUUUGUGUAAAUACAUGUGUUGAUAUGCACAUGGUGAUAUAUAUGAAUAAGAUGUGCAAGUAAAUUCCAGUCUAAAAGAUUUAAUGAAACUGUGUGUGUUCAGUUAAUAAGUUAGAAAUUUGUAUAUGUAUGUAUUUACAUUUUUUAUUUUUCUUAUCUUAUGAAAUAAGUAAUUUGUUUAAAAAUGGAAAUAGCUCAUUCAGGGGAUAGCAUAUAGAAGAACAGAGAAGAAACACAAAGGCUUUUUUAUUCUAGUAUUAGCAAAGAUCUUCCUGUUAUCUCUAUGUUAACCUCUCAGUAAGUGUCAAGACCUAUUGAACAGUGUAGGUGGAGCCUUGUUAACAAUGAUGUAUAAAAAAAGGAAUACUCAUGUCUACAUGUAUGUAAAGUCAGUCUACUAUAUAUAGAUAUAAUUGGAAAAGAUCCAAGCCUUUUGGUAACUAGGGAAAGAAAUAUGGUGGAACAUGUACUGUACUUGGAUGGCUUAAAUGUUGAAAAGAAAGUAAUUGAAAUUAGCCUGCAAAGCCAAAGACUUUUUAUAAUUUUGAUGUGUGAUCCACAUUCUUGCAUUGCUUAUUGUGUAGAAUCCAUGAUAUGCUUUAAAUAUGAAAAUUUUGAAACUGCAUAAUACUUAACUUACUGAAGUGAAGUUGUUGACCGCCAAUUUCUUAAGUAUGUGAUAAAAUAUGAAAACUACAUGCAAUAAACUCAUGGAAAUAUU